AUGGCUCUCAGUUCGACAGUGACGAGCGAGCAGGUAGCAUCCCCCAGUGGAGAUACCUCCAAUGCAAUUUCCACCGGUACAUCCAACCCAGGGGUCCAGGAUUUGGCAAGCGAUACCGAGAAGGGCAUACACUGUGGCGCCAAUGGCUCGGACGACGAUUUGAAGGAUGUCCGAACCAUCACUGGAUUCCGUUGGUUUCUAUUCAUUUCAAGUACCCUCACAGCCAUUUUUGUCUAUGCUCUCGACAACACCAUCGUAGCAAACAUUGUUCCUGCUAUCGUUAACCAGUUCGACGCUGUUUCAGACUUACCAUGGCUGUCUGUCGGGUUUAUGAUCGGGGGUAUGGCGAUGGUGUUGCCGCUAGGAAGGCUGUACGCUCUGUUUGACGCCAAGUGGAUUUAUAUCAGCUCAACCAUUGUCUUCAUGGCCGCAUCUGGUCUGUGUGGUGCUGCGCCAAAUAUGCAGGCGGAGACUGUCGGACGAGUAUUUGCCGGUGCAGGUGGAAACGGCAUGUACUUUGGCCUGCUGGUAAUCAUUUCGAUGAAUACGACAAACCGCGAGAGACCCGGAUACCUUAGCUUGACCGGCCUCGUUUGGGGUGUAGGAACCGUCUUGGGUCCAGUCAUUGGGGGCGGCUUCGAACUAUACACAUGGCGCUGGGCCUUCUACAUCAACUUGCUUUUUGGAGCUAUCCUUCUCCCAAUAUAUGUAUUCAUCCUUCCCUCCAACAAUCCCACCCCUGGUAAGACAACAUGGCAGAGGCUGGUGACAUUUGACUGGGUCGGUGCCGUUCUUAGUGUGGGAGCCUGUAUCACGCUGGUGAUGGGGAUCAAUUUUGGAGGCACUCUGUACCCGUGGAGAAGUGGCCAGAUCAUCGCGCUAUUUGUGGUGACCGGUGUCCUAUGGAUUGCUUUUGUGCUCCAGCAAGCCUUUACCAUUUUCACUACCAAGGAGACCCGCAUGCUGCCGAUCCAUCUCUAUCUGCAGAAGGAACCACUUCUGCUCUUCGUUGCAUGCACUGCUGUGGGUGCCGUAUCCUACACUAGCGUGUACUACAUUCCCAUCUACUUUCAAUUCACCCGUGGUGAUACGGCGAUCGACUCGGCUGUCCGACAGCUGCCUUUCAUCUUCUUCCUCAUUACCGCAAUCCCGGCCAGUGGAAUUUAUAUGUCGAGGAUUGGAUAUUACAAGCCAUGUUAUCUUGGAGGUAGCAUUGUGGCCUUGAUUGCGGCUGUUUUGAUGGCGACAAUUGUCCACGUCAACACAUCGCCCGCCAUUCUGUACGGUCUGGAGAUCAUUCUAGGCUUGGGCGCAGGUGCGUACACCCAAGCCUCCUUCGCGGUCAUACAGGCCGUUGUGGCACCAUCGGAAGCGGCAAACGGACUAUCUUUAAUGCUUCUAGCACAACUCGGCGGCCUGACCCUUGGCCUCUCCGUCGGAGGCGCCGUCUUCGUCAACGAUGCCUCGGAAAACCUUUACCGUCUCCUUCCGACCACCCCCCGAGAUCAAGUGCAGCAGAUGGUAGCAGGAACAAGCGGGCGCCUCCUGAGGUCACUGUCGUCCGAGAUGCGUUCUAAGGUGUUGGACGUGAUUGUAUCUGCUUGGAACGACGUGUUCACUUGUAUCUAUGUUGGGGCUGCGGUUAGUCUUGUUUGUGCCGCUUUCCUAUCGAAUAAAAGAGCCAAUGUGUCUGCUUCCGCUGGUGGCACUUGA